CAACAUCACCAUGGCACCACAGACUCGAGAUACGACGCUCACCACGUCCGGCAACCUCGGCGAUCCGGUUCAGUCGAAAGCGUUGCAGCGGCGGCUCAAGAGCCUGGCCAAACAGCGCAGGCUCGAGGAACAACAGCUCCUGAAAGCUAACGCGAAAGCUGGCAACUCCACAUCGACGAAGGUGACGAUGCGCCGUAGGCCAAAGUUGCCGACCGUCAUCACUCCGACUCUCAGUGGAAAGCAGAAGCUCCUGCAGCAUCGGGCGAAUCUGUUGAGAGGGAAGGAGAGGGGCUUCGGCGGCGCGAGCGUGAAGAAGGAGAGUGCUGCGAGCGCGGAGGGGAAGACGAAGCAAGCGAGGAGAAACAAGGCGAGGAGGAGGAAUGCGGUGGCGAAGAAGAAGAUGACGGAGCGGGAUUGAACGCGUCGUGAGGAAGAGAGGUGACGAUGGGACAUGGGCAUGGGAUACAGCGGGACACCACACUCGACUUCAAGCACCGCGAUGAGUUCUGCUGUGGCCUGAUCGCGGCAUCAGCUCAUGGUACGGCCGCGUCGAGCUCGUGGCAGGCGUCAGAAGUCAAAGCUGUGAUGACUGGGAUGGACAGCUGGGCAACAAGGAGCUACAGGUGCGGAGACGCUACCAGAAUCGACGGUAUUCCAAACUUGCGAAGAUCAAGUCGGCCGAGAUCUGGAGAGAGAAG